AUGUUUCCCUUGGCUCCUCUUACUUCGAUAUUCUGGUUGGUGACGAUCGCGGUGAGCGUGGCGUGCUGCUCGUACCUGAUCCGGAACGUGUUCGCCAAGUGGUGGGACAGCCCCGUCAUCGUGGCCUUCAACAAGGAGAUGGUGCACGUGGGCUCGGUACCAUUUCCAUCGAUAACUAUUUGCCCGAACUGGUCAAUAUUGAAAGAGGAAUAUAACUACACUGACGUAGCUAUAAAAUUGUCUAACACAAAAUCAAAUAUGAGCACAACAAAAAGAGAGGAAUUUGAAGAUAUAUCCAUGAUAUGUGAUGAAAGGUUCUUUCCUUUUGACUUUAGCGAACGCGAGGGCAAUGCUACUGUUGUUCAGAAUAUUAGGAAAGUAAGCUAUAAUUUAUUUUUGUUAAGACAGUUUUGGCACAACAACAAAAAAAAACAUCGCGAUGUCGAAACAGUAUACGAAGAUAUCUCAAGAGCUAUCAAGUGUACUGCUAAGACCCAAUACACCGUUGUGAUGGGGGACUUCAACGCCAAAGUGGGAGUACAAGAAUGCGACGAAUCGAGGGUAGGACCUCAUGGCUUUGGUAGCAGAAACCAGAGAGGGCAAAUGCUUGUUGACUUCCUCGAAAGGGAGGGGCUGUACUUGAUGAAUUCUGUUGAGGUGAACGCAGCCAACACAGAAUAA